GAAGCGGCCGCCGCCGCCGCCGCCGUCGCGAGUCCCAGUUACGGGUGCCGCCGCUUCCCUGACGCCCAGCUGCAGCCUCGCCGCCCGCCGCGCUGCCGGUUGACGCGGCACAGACUCGUCAGCGCGCCCUCCGCCUGCCCGCCCGCCGGGGCCAUGUGAGGGGGCAGCUCCCUCGUCGCCGCCGCCUCCUCCUCCUCCUCGUCCCCCCGCCCCUCCCUCCCUGUCCGCUCCCCUCACACAGGGCCCUGGAGGAGCCCCCACUGCUGCCCGCCCUCCCUACGCAACCCCCGCGAUGGACAGGAACUACGCGACCUCGGGCUUCGCCGACCCGCCGCCGCCCCCCGCGCCCCCCGCCGCCCCCGCCGCCGCCAGCGCAGCCGCGCAGCCCCCCGCCCCCGCCUGGGCCUACGAACCCGGAGCCGCGGCCGCCGCCGCCGCCAGCAGCAGCUGCAGUAGCGGCAGCAGCCCCAGCUUGAAAGCCAGUUUAAGCUAUGAAGAAGGACAUCCCUCACACUCUGAAACAGAUCUCCUUCAGAGACAGACUUUUGCAGUCUCUCAUCAGCAUCCUGGAUAUGCUCCUGCACCUCAACCAACUGGUCUUUCUGGAAUAUUUGAUGCUAGUGUGAACAGUGCCAGCACUAACACUAAAGAAUCUUCGGUGAUGAAUUUUCUCUCUGCUGUUGAAUCCCGAACUGCUCAGGCUGCUUCUUCAGGAACUACUCUUUUACCACAAUUCAGGGCUCCAUCCUGGCAGACAGGUAUGCAUUCCUCAGCAGCAACUGAGCUGUUUGUUACUGGACCUUUGCCAACCACUGGAACACUCCCACCAUCUGCCCUCUCUGCUUAUCAGCAUCCUACCACCUUCAGCAAUAGAAACUUUGCUACCACCUCACCUUUGGUGCUUCAGGAUUUUAACACUACAUCAAAUGGAAUUUUAAAUCCUCACGACCCUUUGCUACAAAUCAAGACUUCCCAGGGAACUGUACCAACUGCUUUGGCAUUUGAGCGCCUGGGCAGUUCUGCAUUAAGUAACAGCAUACCACCUCAGUCUUCAACAUAUCGAUCAGCUCAAGAAUCUGCACCCCAUCUUUUACAACCUCAAUUUAGUUUGUUGCCUUCAGCACUUGGGGGAGCUCAGCAAACUCCUCAAGCCUACAAUUCAACUCUCUUUACUAAUUCUACUGCUUCCAUUGAAAGAGCUCUUCUUCGAGAAUGUAGUGUUAUUAAACACCAUCAGCGGCCUUCAGGUACUCAGUCUAUUCAGGCACAACCGACUGGUUCACAGCAUUCCUUACACAGUUAUCUAUCAAAUGCAAGUGUAGUUAAUUUUCAGGAAACAACCAGGCAGUCAUCUUUAUCCUGUAGCCCCAUUGGAGAUUCUACUCAGGUGAGCAACGGAGGAUUGCAACAGAAGACCUCUCAGGUCUCAGUGGAACUCGCUCAGUCUUACUCAUCUGCAAUUCCAUCAUCAGGGUAUCUUCCUUCUACUACAAAAGUAAAAAGCUGUUCUACAGAACAACCGCUAACAUCAGCUAAGACCCCCAAACCUCAAAGUGUAAUUCCUCCUUUGCAAACACUAAGCUAUUCCAAACCUUUACAUAACCAGAGUUCUGUAAUAUCAGGCCAAGCACAAAUUUAUUCUACAGCGCAGCUACCAAGCCUUUUAUCAGUUAGUCAGUCCCAAAAUUAUGGUUUAGUACAGCCACAUAAUGUGCCAUCUAUUGUUCAUUCACAGGUGUAUAGGUCCAGCAAGGUUGAGAAAUUGCCAUCCUUAUAUAAAACAUUGACUUUUUCUGGGUCAUCUCAGACUAUAACUUCUGAAAAUCAGACACUUAGUUAUUCGUCUAAUCAGCAAGAGGUAUUAUCUUCAGUUACAAAUGAGAAUUACCCAGCUCAAACAAGAGAUCUAUCUUCAGUCAGUCAGUCUCAGAGUUACUCAUCUGGUCACUCUCAGGGUUUAUCACCAGUUAGCCACACGCAAGUUAGUUAUUCAUCUCAGUCACAAGUUUUGUCAGUUGUUAGUCCUUCAGAAAGUUAUGCCUCAGGGCAGUCUCUGACAUUAACAGCCCCUUCUCUUCCUUAUUCUUCUGCUUCUCAGACUCAGAAUUUGCCAGAUUCUAGCCCAACCCAGAAUUAUGUUUCUAUGCAUUCUUCCCAAAAUGCUCAGACUCAAGGGCCAUCAUCUCCCCAGUCACAAAAAUUGUUACCUGCUGUCCAGUCAUCAUCUUUUGCAUCCUCUACUCAUUGUCAGACAUUACAGAAUAACAUACCUUCCCCUGAUCCAAAGUCUUAUGCUGAUAGAAAACUUGACUCAAAUGUGUAUACAUCUUCAAAGCAAGAAGAUGAUUUUCCAAUGCAAGAGUUACAGGUAUUGCAGCCACAAGCAUCUCUUGAGUCAUCAACCCAAAGUCUAACUGAUGGGGAAAUUAAUGCUCAAGACUCAACUUACAAGGUGUCAAAGGCAGAUGACAGAUAUUCUCAGAGUGUAAUCAGAAGUAAUUCCUGUCUUGAAGAACAGGUUGUUGGAAUUGCUGUACAAGGGUCAAAAAAAGAAGGAAGUAUGGUUGGUUCAGUGACACAACUUAACCAACAAAUUGGCCAAGUCAAUAAUGUUGCCACCCUUGAUCUUAAGGCAACUAAUUUAAUGCAGACUCCACAAAUAAGGUUGAAUACUAAAGACCUAAACCAGCAGCAUUCUCUUAUACAUAAGGUACAUGAAGCCAAGGUCCAGGAACAGCAUGAUCAAAUAAUUAAUGCCUCGUCUCAGAUUCAAAUUCCAAAUCAUGCUUUAGGGCAUGGUCAUCAGGCAUCUCUUUCUAACACACAGGUCCUUUUAGAUUCUGCCUGUGAUUUACAAAUUCUUCAGCAAUCAAUACUGCAGGCAGGUUUAGGACAAGUAAAGGCAUCUUUACAAGCACAGCGUGUUCAAAGUCCUCAACAAAUAGUACAUCCUUUCCUUCAAAUGGAUGGUCAUAUUAUUCAGAGCAAUGGUGAUCAUUCUCAGCAGCAACUCCAUCCUCAAAAUUCUGAAAGUAUGAAAAUGGACCUCUCUGAGUCUUCAAAACCAUUACAACAACAUCUAACAAAGGGCCAUUUUAGUGAAACAAAUCAACGUGAUUCAAAGAAUCAGUUUGUUUCUCUUGGAUCAAUAUGUUUCCCAGAGGCAAUGCUUCUCAGUGAUGAAAGAAAUAUUUUAUCAAAUGUAGAUGAUAUCUUAGCAGCCACAGCAGCAGCUUGUGGGGUUACACCUUCUGAUUUUUCCAAGUCAACUUCAAAUGAAACCAUGCAGACUGUUGAAGAUGGUGAUUCUAAAUCUCAUUUUCAGCAGUCAUUAGAUGUCAGGCAUGUGACCUCAGAUUUUAACUCCGUAACAGCUACAGUAGGAAAGUCACCACAUAUAAAUGACGUUUCCUUAAAUGGAAAUCAGGUUACCGUAAACCUUUCACCAGUACCUACCCUUCAGACAAAAAUGACUCUUGAUCAACAGCACAUUGAAAAUAUACCAACUAAAGUAACUUCAGCAGUGGUUGGACCAAGUCAUGAAGUCCAGGAGCAAAGUUCUGGCCCAUUCAAGAAACAGUCUGCUUCCAAUCAUGAAUCUGAAGAAGACCUCGAAGUUCCUGUUGACACACUAAAUAAUAACAGAAACCAAGAGUUUGUUUCUAGUAGUAGAAGUAUAAGUGGAGAGAGUGCUACAUCGGAGACUGAAUUUACCUUAGGGGGUGAUGACAGUGCUGUGUCAAUAAACCCAACUAGGAGCACACUUGCACUGUUGGCCAUGGCCCAACCUGGGGAUGCAAUGAGUGUCAAGACUGAAGAGGAAAACCAAGAUUUAAUGCAUUUUAACCUUCAAAAGAAAAGAGCUAAAGGAAAAGGGCAAAUUAAAGAGGAAGACAACAGUAAUCAAAAACAGCUGAAAAGAUCUGCCCAAGGCAAACGCCAGAAUCCAAGGGGAACAGAUAUAUAUUUACCAUAUACUCCUCCUUCCUCGGAAAGCUGCCAUGAUGGUUAUCAGCAUCAAGAAAAAAUGAGACAGAAGAUCAAAGAAGUAGAGGAAAAACAGCCAGAAGUCAAAACAGGAUUUAUUGCUUCAUUCUUAGAUUUUCUGAAAUCUGGGCCCAAGCAGCAAUUUUCCACUCUUGCUGUACGAAUGCCUAAUAGGACUAGACGACCAGGGACACAGGUUGUUCGUACAUUUUGUCCCCCACCACUUCCAAAGACAUCAUCUACAACACCCACACCUUUAGUGUCUGAAACUGGGGGUAACAGUCCAUCAGAAAAAAUUGAUAAUGAACUUAAAAACUUUGAACAUUUAUCUUCAUUGUCUUCUGAUGAAGAUGAUCCUGGAGCAUGCAGUCAUGAUAUUUAUAAAAGCGUCUCUACUCCCUUAACUCCUUUGGAUGCUACUUCUGAUAAAAAGAAGAAAACAGUUUCAGAAAUCUCACAGGUGGCAACUACUAGCCCAACUGCCAAUACUACUGGUACUGCUACUACUCCCUCUGCCACUAUGGGUGCAGUUAAGCAAGAAUCUCUUCACUCUACUUCAUCUGCAGUAAAUAACCUGGAACAUAUAAACUCUACAGAACCCCCAAAGCCCAUCGAAGUUGAUGGUCUUCCUUCACACCAGUUUGCAAAAGGACAGGACACUGUUGCCAUAGAAGGUUUUACGGAUGAGGAGAAUACAGAAAGUGGAGGAGAAGGCCAAUACAGAGAGCGUGAUGAAUUUGUGGUAAAGAUAGAAGACAUAGAGACUUUUAAGGAGGCUUUAAAAACAGGAAAAGAACCCCCAGCUAUUUGGAAAGUACAAAAAGCUUUAUUACAGAAAUUUGUUCCUGAAAUUCGAGAUGGGCAAAGAGAAUUUGCUGCUACAAAUAGUUACCUUGGAUAUUUUGGAGAUGCAAAGAGUAAAUACAAAAGGAUAUAUGUGAAGUUCAUUGAAAAUGCAAACAAAAAGGAAUAUGUCAGAGUGUGUUCCAAAAAGCCAAGAAAUAAGCCUUCACAAACUAUCAGAACUGUUCAGGCUAAGUCGAGUAGUAGUGGUAAAACCUCUGAUCCUCCAACAUCAAAAACUUCAACUACAAAAGCCCCUUCCAUGAAACCCAAAGUUAAACAGUUAAAAGUUAAGGCUGAGCCACCACCAAAGAAACGGAAGAAAUGGAAAGAAGAAUUUUCAUCGUCCCAAUCUGACUCAUCUCCUGAGAUCCAUUCUAGUAGUAGUGAUAAUGAGGAAUUUGAUCCUCCAGCUCCUUUUGUCACUCGCUUUUUGAACACAAGAGCAAUGAAGGAAACCUUUAAGAGCUACAUGGAAUUGCUUGUGAGCAUUGCCUUGGACCCUGAUACAAUGCAAGCCUUAGAGAAGAGCAAUGACGAGUUACUUUUACCUCAUAUGAAAAAAAUAGAUGGCAUGCUAAAUGAUAACCGAAAGAGACUUCUUUUGAAUCUUCAUUUGGAUCAAUCAUUCAAGAAUGCUUUGGAAAGUUUUCCUGAACUAACAAUAAUUACUCGAGACUCUAAAGCAAAAAGUGGAGGAUCUGCUAUUUCUAAAAUCAAAAUGAAUGGCAAAGCUUAUAAUAAGAAAACUCUAAGGACUUCUAAAACUACCACUAAAUCUGCACAAGAGUUUGCUGUUGAUCCAGAGAAAAUACAGUUAUAUUCUUUAUAUCAUUCACUUCAUCACUAUAAAUAUCAUGUUUAUCUGAUAUGUAAGGAUGAGAUUUCUUCUGUGCAGAAAAAAAAUGAAGAUCUAGGACAGGAGGAAAUUGUUCAACUUUGCAUGAAAAAUGUAAAAUGGGUGGAGGACCUAUUUGAAAAAUUUGGAGAACUUCUAAAUCAUGUACAGCAGAAAUGUUCCUAACAUUUCCACAAGAAUCCCAUCUUUUUUAUAGCACUAAUGAAAUGGUGGAGGUAGGUGGUGAAAGAUAAUCAGAUGUCAAGCCGUGGUCGCCUGCAGGUGUGCCCACUUCCAUCAUGGAACUUUCAUCACGACCUCUGCUGAAGGACAGUGGUGCUGCCAUGAAGUCAGUCCUUCACAGACAGACCUAAAUCCCACCACAUUUUUAUCCUAAUGAAUGAUUUUUCUAUUUUGUAAACCAUUGGGUAACUAAGUUUUAUUUUCAGAAAUGUUUUUUGACAAAUGAUGAAGCAUGCACUAAAUAUAAUUUUUCUUUAUCACUAGAGAAAUAACAAGUAACUUGAUUCUUUUUUUCUGACUCUGGCUAAAUACCAGAAUGAAAGAGAGAUGGCAGAAAGCAUAUGUUUGUAUUCAUUUCUGGCCACAACACCGAAAGUAUUGUACAUUGUGUAAACAGAUCUGGUGUGAUGUGAGAUCCCAUAUGAGAAUAUCAUCAAUUAAAAAUAUAAAAUUCAGAAACUGUAUUUUGCUUUAUGGACUCCUUUUACUCUUAACAUGUUCAGGAAACUGGAUGUGGAAUUGGUGCAAUUCUGUGACUGCUUUUUGUGUCAAAUUAUAUUGUGAUAAGAAAAACAA